CUUGAGCGCUUGACUGCUUGUCAGAUUAACCAAAUGUCAGUCUUAUAUUGCUCGUUUCAAGGCUAUCUUAUCAGUUUUAGUCUCUUCCAAUAAACAACUCGAACUGACUAGACUUAUGUCAUCGUGUGCAGAUACCGGUUACUAAAUAAUUAAAUAUAUAUUUGAAUGUUGAAAUAUAAUUGUCUGGUUAUUUUCUAAUAUUGGGGUUACGUUUCCGCUAGUUAUGUAACUUGCAUCAUGAUCGAAGGCGUCUUCGUUUAGGCUAAAUAGUGUUUUGUAUCUGUAUUAUUUACUGUUACAAAUGAAAUAUCGAAAGUAAGUUAGAUUUGUAUUUGUCACAAUGGAUGAUAGUGAGUGUUCAACAGGACAACAUUCCACUUCAUCAGAAAGUCCCAUUCAAGUUCUGUGGGAUGGAUUUAUUACUGCUGAAAGCAAGUCAUUUGAGAAAGCCGUCUGGUUUGACACAUUCCUGGCAGAGUUUCUAGCAGAGGUGAAAGAAGGAAAGUCUGUCAAGGACAUCUUAUCAUCUAGUGUGAUCAAUGGUGGAAGUGUGUCUACCUUGGUUUCAUGUGAACUACUGUCCGAUGUACACAGCCUGUGCAGUGCAGGGCCAGGCGAGAUGGAAGAGUUGGCAACAAUGCGCAAACAUCUGCUCACAGGCCGAGGCUGGAGGUGUCUGGCUGUACUUCAAUGUCUAGGACUCCAGGAUGUAUCGUGUGGACGGGAACUUGCCAGUCUGUUGAUAUCACUAUACUCUGUAGGAGGAGAUGAAGGUACAGGUCAGAUAGUUAACCCCUAUCUACAGCAGAACAGGGGUGACAGUGGUGAGGGAGAGAUGACUUGCCAUCCACCCCUUGUCCGCCGAAAGUCUCGUUCUCUUAGCAACCCUGAGGCCACCUCACACAGCAGAUCUGGCUCCAUCCGCAUUCCUAGAGCAGUUACCGCUCCUGAUUUAUGCCAGGAGGAAGAGAGCAGUGAUUCUGAAGAUCCUGAGUCCAGUGAAGCUCAUCAAGUCCGAUCUGCCCUCAAGAUUCGCCUCAACCCAAUGGAUUUUGAUUACUUUACAUCAGUUGUACGGAGUGAUGAUGAAACUCAAUUUGAACGUGUGGGUAGUUGCAAUCCUGUCCAACAAAAAAAAGUUGUGUCCAAACUUGAUCCUAGAAACUUUCACGAUGAUAGAAUUAAAGAUGUGAUGAAACAGGAGAUAAACAGUUGUGAGUUUAAAAUGCUAGUUAUUGAACUAUUGUAUGAUUUGGUCCAGUCGGAAAACAUCAGUCAACAGAUUAAUACUAGUCAUCAAUCAGUUUGUCUUCAGACAAUGAACUUCAGUCUGGAGACGUUGUGCUCCUUGCAGUUUGGUUCAGAACUUAAUGCAGGAACUGCUUAUCAUUUGAAAUGUUUACUAUCCAGAUUACUUUUGUCCUCGUUAGAUAAAGUUUUGGUUCAACCGGAAAUGACAAGUGCUGUUUUACAAAAAGGCGUUCUCCCUAUAAUGCUAAGGAUGGCCGAAGAUAUUCUAAGAAAACAUUCCCCUGAAUUAGUGAAAGAAAUAAAAGUCCUUGAAGAAUCUUUGAUGACAAGUGAGUUUGUAUUUAACAUUAUUUAUGGAGUAAUCACGGUGGUUCAUUGUUUACUCGGUCAGAACAGUUCACCUGAUAAACUGGAUCAGUUUUUGACACUGUUUUAUCAAUUUGGAAACAGCCUUAAUGGACGUCUCAUCGAUAAGACUGUCAGCUUGAUUUUGAGUUUUUCAGAGGUAAUUCCAAAAAAGUGCACUGAUAGAGCUAAACGCAUUAUUGUAUCAGUAAGUCAAUUAAUCACAGCUCUGAAAAAGACAAGAACCAAAGUAGUACAUGCACGCCAGUGUAAGCGUAACAAACAUAAAAAAUGUCUUAGUAAAUCUUUUAUUCACCAUCAUGACAAUAUUUUUGGUACUGUUUAUGUGGGUUCUGUCCUUCCAUCAAGUACACAGCAGAACUGUAGUAUUUCUGCCUUAUUCAUGACUUUAACCAAGUUUCUGUCAGACAAUAUAGACAGGGAUAUUGUAAUUCGAACUCUACAACUUAUGACAUCAUGUGGAACAUGCUGCUGUUUUCCUGCUUUAAUUCUAUUGAAGAAAAUUCUAAAAAUAGUGUUGAGUACAGAUCAGCGAGUCAGAACUAGUGGAUUGGUUCUCUUGGAAAAAACAUUUUAUAGGCAGAUGGGUGCUUUUGAAGAAAACAGUGGCUGUGAGUUGUGUGCAAGAAAUUCGCAAGUGGCAAAUGUUGAUGGUUCGUCAAAAUGUUCCACAAAUAGUGUUUUGUCCUCUCCAACAUCCCCUAUUAGUGAAAACAGGCAAUCAAAGUGGAAUUGUCUAGGGCUUUUCAGAGAUCUAUUACUGUCUUCUGAUCCAAAACUGACAUUUACGAUAGGAACACAUUUGCUAAGAAUCAUUCCACAAUGUAAAUUUGUAGUUAAACAAGAAAUUUUGUUUUCUGUGUUUUAUCCGGUUUUUCUAAAGGCCCGUGAACGUCAAACUGGAUCUAAUCAAGAAAUAGACAAAUUUCUUGUCCUGACAUGUCUUUCAGUGUUCACAUACCUCCUGAGGAGAGUGAGGAUCAUAGAUCAGUUCUUGGAACAGAAAGCCCUGGAUCAUAUCACGGUCAUGCUGAAGGACAAAGAUGCUAUGAAACUGUGCUGCUCAAUCAUGGAGAUUGUCAUCAUAACGCAAAUAUGGAAAAAUGAACAAAAUCCAAAUAACAGUGAUAAGAUUAACAAAGAAAUCUUCCAUGAAGCCUCUGUGAACCUACCUGAUUUUGAUUUGUUACUUGAAGAAAUUCGUUGUAGUUCAGAAAAGUUUUUGUCAAUGGUUCAUUGCAAAGGAGAUGAGGAAAACUUGGACCAUCUGAGUCUUUCUGAUAGCAUUAUAUCUAGUGAUGGUAUGCUCAUGUUUGACUCUCCUCAGUGCUACCAACACUAUAGUCAGCUGGUGGCCUCUCUCACUUGCUUGUGGAGAACACUGGCAAACCUGAGUCUGUUCAGUCCUCAGGUUCGACAGACUCUGCAGGAGAGAAGUGCCACGGUAGUUGCUCAUACUUUACUGCUGACUGUUCUUCAGCGAGCCAGCAAAUCAACUUUUGUCAGAGGUGAGCCAUUCAAGGAUCGAGAAAGUUGUUUGGGUCAGCUCCACUUGAAGCUGACGGAACCUUUGUUAGUGCUGUGUUUGGUCUGCCCCCCUGCUGCGGACAACUCAGAAACAUUUGUGGCAUGUGAAAGCCUGAUAGAAGAAUUGAAGCCUUUGCUAACUGCAACGAUUGCCAGCUCAACUAUUACCAUCCAUCAGGUCUGUGACAUGUUGUAUCGUGCCAGUUUUGCGCAGCCUAGUCCUCGGCUGAUCUUGCCCACACACAAGAUGCCUAAGGUGGGGAGCCUGUCGUGGGAAGGCAGUGACACAGCUAUGUCACUAUCAUCAUCCAGCGUGGUAGGGGUACAGUUUGAUGACACUAUAUCAGACUGUGAGACAAGUCCUGAGCUGACAGCGGAUGAAGGAUACGAGGCAGAUGUAGAGAUAAGAGACCAACCAAGUGAACAGGCUGAAGAUAUGAGUGGGGGAGAGAGGAGCUUGGCUGGCAGCAGAAAAGUGUGUAUGGACUGUAGAAGACCUGUACAGAUUGUUUACCCCGAGCUCUGUAUAUUAGCUGUGGACCUGGUCUCUAACUUCGUACAGACUGGAGAUCUUACUGAGACUCAGCUGCUGGACAGUGUGUACUGUAUCCAGCGACUGGCCAAGGAGGACUGUCAGGUGCUGACAAGUCACAACAUGGUAUCUCGUCUGCUCUCUCAGUUCGCCGACAUUCUGUCCAUCACCGAUCUCAAGUAUACUGAGCUGCAGCGAGCCGUUCUGGACCUGGUCAGCCUCCUGGCCAGAGUCACUGUUGAACCCUGCCAACUCACUCAGUACCUCCGGUUCUUCACCUUGGAUAAUCCUCCACUGGAAUGCCUGUUGCCUCCUCUAGUUGCAAUGGUGGCUAACAACAAGAUACAGCCCACCUGUGCUCUCAGGUUCCCUGUAACCUCUGCAGAACGAGUGUACAUCAACUCUCAAGCGUCUCCAGCAGAGAAAACGGCUGUUACCAUGCAUCACCAACAUGUCACAGCAGGGAUUCAGUCAUCAUGGUCAUGCUGUGCCCUCGCCCUCCCCAUCAACACAGACCUCGGCUGGUCCAUGUGGGUCAAUGGCUUCUCUGUGUCAUUUUGGUUGCGACUUUUCCCUCCUCCUAGCCCCAGCUCACCUCCAGAUGCUGAUCUCACUUGUUCAGACACUUCUCUUUCCGACAUCUGUUGGAACAAUAACGGUACCUUGCUCCAGUCGUCAGAGAGCAGUCAGACUCACAAGUCACCACCGUCCAAACCUGAAACACCACAGAGCAGUCUUCUACACCUUAUCUCAGUUGGCUUUGAUGUCAUGGUGCUGGAAGUUUGGCUGGAGCCUGCUUCAGGUAAGCUGGUGUUCCGUCUAGUGCGACCGGAUGGCAAGCGGCAGGAAUUGUUAUGUGAGUCCUCGGUCAGUGAUCAGCUCACUACGUCCCAGUGGCACCACUUGGCCAUCAAUGUACGUGACAGUGUGCAGAAGAGGAAAGUUGUUAUCGAGGUGUUGUUGCUGGUCGACGGGUUUGUAGCAGUCCAAGUACCACUUGUAUUCACAGGCCUACUAAUCCGCAAGGCCCGACCCUCCUGUCUGCUGCUAGGUCACUGUGGUCAGACUGACUCGAGCUACAUGAUCACAAGUGUCCUCAUGUUCCGGGCUCCUGUUUUCAACAGAGAGAGCGCCAUAAGUCUGGUUGCUCAUGGACCCGACUAUAUCCACCUGACACAGGCAGAUGUGGGAAACGUCAGGCCUAACCUAUCCACUGUCUUCUCGGUAAAAUCUAUCCAGGCUGGAGUCAACUGGGAGUUUGUCUAUCAUGAACAGAUUUCUACACUCAGAGUGCUUCAGGAAAAUCUGCUGUUGUCCUUCUCGGCUGAGAACUACACAACUAUGAACGCAUACCCACAAGCCAUCAGCCAUUCAACUGGUGUGGUUGGAUCUCUGUUCCCACCUACCCCGGGGUUUCGGGUUGCCACAGUUGAUACUCGAGCUAGUCAGCUACUGCCGCUCUCUGUUCGACCCAUUUUCUUUGCACCAUUGACGGACCAGCACUACCACAGCAUCACGGCCGCAGCUGAAACCAUUGGGGGGAUAUCUGUCUUCCUCUUCCUGUUUGCACGGGUUAUAGAGCUGAAGGGAAGUGAAGAGUGCCAGGCUCAAGCUCUCUAUGUGCUUUUGAAACUCGCACAGAGCUCGUGUGAACUCAACUCUCAGUUUGAAUCGAGAGAUGUACCUCGUCUCCUGAGCCAUGCGCUAGCCUCACCUCAAUGUUCUCCAAGCAUGUACAUGCUCAAGAUGUUUAUGGAUGUGUGCUGUGACCGACCUGGUCUGCUAACUGUAAACGUCACGACCGGUGCCGCUGUAGUCAACACUACAAUGCCAUGUGUGGUUACUGAGCCAACAUUGCUGGCUGGCACCGUGAUCAGAGCUUGGCGUCAGUGGGCUCGCACCCCUGGUUGCCUCUGGACCCUGUUUCAGGCUCUACAGGCUCUCCUACGAGAUGACCAUCCCUUUAGGGAGUUCAACGCAGCACAAUUCAACAGAGCAAGACUCGUCGACUCACUUCUGCUCUUCUGCAAGGAGAGAUUUCUUAGUGGAGAACAGGCACCGUCACUGGAGCCCCAGAUCUGUGAUGGGGUGGUGGAGCUGAUCCGAUCACUGAUGGGAGCUCCACCUGAAUUGCCCCAUAUCAUCUCUAUUUAUGACUACCUCAUAUUGGCACAUCCGGCUCACGCCACCUAUGUCACCAGUGUGCGCCCCAGUUUCUAUUUCCUAGUGACAAGCCAUACCAGCCACCCUAGCAGCAACCAUUCAGAGGUCGAGUCCACUGAGAGUCUGAUGAAGAAGUCCAAGAGUAUGACAAUCAACAACAGACAGAAAACUGAACGACCAGCCAAGCGUUUUAUGACACAACCAGUUGAUCCAACCAAACUGAAUAAAGCUCUGGCUAAUCUGCAGAUCAAGCAGUUGAGCCAACAGCAGGAAGUGUUGUUGAGUGGUAGUUUGGAUACAAACCGCUCUGAUAUCUUCACCUCCAGUGGACAGGGUAGCAUGGAUGAGUUUAGCAGUGACGACAAGCUGUUCUCUUCCCUGUCAGACCCUGCUCUGCUGAAGUCAUCCUCCCCCCUUCCCCCACCUCUGACUCUGUCAGCUGUAGAUGAUGACGAGAAGGAGAAGGCAGAGGUUAAAGAGGAAGAUGUCAAGCGAUUAGUACCACCUAAACCUGACAACAUCAAGCGUGAAAGAGAGGCAGGAAAGGAGUCGCCUGCAUCAGCUUUAAUGGAGGGACUACUGCUAUUGUUACGGGAUAUCAUGCUGGUGCUACCAGACAGUAUGGUGCACCAGGUACUCUCUCAUGUGAUUCGUGUGGAGGCUCUCCUGGUGAUGGCCAACCACCAGUCUGCAUCUGUCCGUAUGGCUGUUGUCAAGGUUUUGACAUCAUAUAUCCAAAGAGCUGCUGACGAAGAUGUGGCUAACUUUAGUCACAUUCGUGGUUACUACCAGUUAGCCAACCAGUUGGGGCAGUGGCCAGCGACUACAGAUCUGUUGGAGGGAGUGCUCUCCAUGGUGACGGGUCUGCACUGGCUGCCACUGGAUGAGCAACUUCGGGAAGGGGACAAAACAUCACAGUCACUGCAGUUGGCAGCACUGCCACCACUUCUGGCCCUGCUGCCGGCAUCUGUUCAUGAUGUGACACUUGCUCAUCUACUCAUACACUUUCUGCAGAGGCUCUUCACUAAGGUGGCUCAGGGUCAGCGUACUCUAAUGGAGUGCGGGCUGUUGGAAACCCUGUGCAAGACAAUUGUAGUCAUCAGUGAGACUCCAUCGCACACGAUUGACUUGUUCAACGUCAGCGAUCAUGACAUUCUUAUUGCAGACAUCCAGUCCUUCCUCGUCACUAUUGUAUCAGUGGCCGUCCACUCUCCAGGCAAUCACAAUAUGCAGGUCCUGACAGACAUCCUGGUACUGCUCCGGUACCUGGAAAGGCAGGAAGGAAACCAUAGCAAUGCACAUGUACAGAACCUCCGCAGUACGCAGUGUACAGUGUUGUCCAACGCUGUGCGAAUCAUACAAGACAAGAUCACAUGCCAGCAGCCUGCAACAUCCACAAUACGUUCUACAGCAAGAGCCUUAUUCAAUUCGGUACGUAUGAUGACAGCGUUGGACAUUGAGGAGUUGGUGGAUAUGCAGGAUUCCAUUAUCACUGGCUCCAAGAGCUCUUCCAACAGUGACAGUGUCAACAGUCUGGGCAACAACAGCACCACCAACAACAGUGUAAACAACCUCGGCUGGCUCAACCGAGUGCCUCGUAGUGAGAUCAAUGACCGCUUCAAGAUGAUCGUUACCAAGGCCACCGAGUUCUUCAUUUACUCAGAGAGCAUAAAAUGCCUGAGUGAGAAAGAGAUUAAGUUUGCACAACAUCUUUUCUCUCUUCUGCUCUCUGGUAUGACAGCCAUUGUGGAGAGACGGUCUGGAAACCGGGAUAUCUGGAGUACAAUAUUCUGGAAUUGCAGGGACACUGUGAGAGGCAUGUCUGGUCAGCUCAUGGUUUGGAUGUUGUCUCCUGGUCAGACCAAUCAGAUGCGAAUGUUUGUGAUUGAGACCUUGCGAAAGCAACUGAAAGCCAAGGAAGUCAUAGCUAGCAUAAUUCUCAGUAACAGUCAAAUUGAACAACAGUUUGCAUUGUACCUUUGGGAACUUAUGUAUGGUGCUGACUCUUCAACUCUUCUUGAACCUGAGAAGCAGAUCUGUGAAGAGUUGAAGGAUCUUUUGCAAGCAUGGAAUCUGUACUCGCCCGAGUCAAUUGGCCAUGAUUUCGACCCAUGGACCGAUGAUUUGACAGCUAUGGCUCGCACUGUGUUUCACCAGCGUAGUCUUUGGGCCAAGCAGCAGGAACCAACAAUUAAUAGGACUAUCUCACGCAUGGAAGGAGUGGUGAAGGCGGUGAGCGAGGCGGCCAUGAAUGUAACUCGAGUUGUGGUGGACGCUCAGAACCUUGAGCGCAAGGCCAUGAUGGAGAGUAUGAAACAGGCAGUCAGUGACAGUAUUCACGCGCAGAUGCAGUGGAAGCUGUUGGCCCAUCAGCUAACACAUGAACGAGCUGUCUGGCACUUUCCCAAGUCUUACCCUAGGUCCUGGCAAUUGGAUGAGACGGAGGGACCAGCUAGAGUAAGGAAAAGACUGAAACGAUGCCACCUUCAUGUGGACAAGCGCUUCCUCAAGUCUGAGUUCCAGGACAAAUUAGAUGCAGCAUCUCAAUGCCAACCGUUGUCAUUCUUGUUUGGCUCCGAGGGCCCGUCCAUGUCGGCUGUGCUGAUAGAGCGGUUACACACUGACGAGAAGAUACGCCACAUGUCUUCAGCACGUAUUGUCACGCCUGCUCAAGAGGUGUGUGGGGAACUGCUCAUCGGCGAAACCUCACUAUACUUCGUACCCAACAGUGAACCCGCUAAACUGGAUGUCAAUACAGGCUAUCUGGACGUGAGCUCGCAGGCCUGGCAGUUUGAGGAUGUCAAGGAGAUACACAAUCGACGAUUCCAACUCCAAGAGAGAGCCCUUGAGAUAUUCCUACUUAACGGCAAAACUUACCUGCUUGCUUUCGAAUCAUCUGCAGAGCGGGACCUGUUUGCGACAGAGCUGAGCCACUGUGAGUUGCCCCACCGAGUGGCCGGUGACCACCUGUCCGACACCGUGCAGCUGUGGCGGGAGGGUCACCUCACCAACUGGGAGUACCUGACCACGCUCAACAAGAUGGCGGGGCGAUCUUACAACGACCUCAUGCAGUAUCCUGUCAUGCCCUUUGUACUGGCAGACUACACCAGCAACACCCUUGACCUCACUGACCCUAAGUCGUACAGGAAUUUCAAAAAACCUAUGGCAGUUCAAGAGAAGAGCAGUGAACAACAUUACAUAAAUAAUUACAAUUAUCUGAAGCAGGAGUUAACUGAUGCUCUGAACCUCAUCUCCAUCAAUCAGGAGGCCUAUCAUUACUCUUCACAUUACUCAAACUCUGGCACUGUGCUCCACUUCCUGGUGCGUCUUCCACCAUUCACGUCCAUGUUCAUCAACUACCAGGAUAACAAUUUUGACCUUCCGGAUCGUACAUUCCACUCAAUUCACACCACAUGGCGUCUGACCUCCAGUGAGAGCCCUACAGAUGUCAAGGAGCUUAUUCCAGAAUUCUUCUUCCUGCCAGAGUUCCUUGCCAACCACGAGGGGUUCGAUUUUGGAAUGAGGCAGAAUGGAGCUCGUGUGGAUGAGGUUAUACUGCCGCCCUGGUGUCUUGGUGAUGCCCGUCGCUUUAUUCUUAUUCACAGACAAGCCUUAGAGUCUGAUUACGUCCGUGAGCAUCUUCCUCUGUGGGUAGACCUGGUGUUUGGCUAUAAACAAACUGGAAAGGCAGCAGUAGAGUCCAUCAAUGUGUUCCAUCCUGCCACUUACUACGGGUUCAACCCUGAGAGCAUAGUGGACCCCCUGGAGCGCACUGCAUGGGAAACCAUGGUCAAGACGUACGGUCAGACACCACGUCAGCUGUUUCGAGCAGCUCACCCCAUGGUAGUGCAGACACUGGCUCCCAAGACUACUUCCUUGUCCACCAUCCAUGGAGUGAAGGGCAUCUCGUGGGGUAACUAUGUUGGUUCACCGAGUGACAGUACACCUAGUGUGACAUGGCAACAACAGCACAGGACUCCUGUCGCUUCCCUUGUUCCCCUGUUGACCAAUGAUGUGUUUGGACUGGCACCUUCCACCACUUUACUUCUCGCAUAUUCCAAAGAGAAAACACUGAGCCUGGUGGCAGCAGGAGGUACUUGUGUGCUGGGUGCUGCCCUCGUCUCCUGGGGACAUCCGGACGGGAUCAUACGUGCCAAACUGAAAAAGGAACAGCCUCCGUAUCCAGCCAUCCGACCCCCCCGGUGUGGAGGUCCUGUCACUCAGUGUGUUAGCGUGCCAGACUGCAGCCAACUUUGGCUCGGCUAUGCCACCGGCAAGAUACUAGUUUACAGGUACAAGUUCAAGCCGAGCAAAGGAACGCUGGAGUUCAGUCCUGAGCCAAUAGAGUUGCUGGGACACAAUACAGCCAUUCUGUCUCUCACACUUUGUCGAGCGUACAGUGUCGCGCUUAGUGGGUCUAGGGACGGCUCAGCUAUACUGUGGGACCUGAACCGUCUCUCCUAUGUGCGCUCUCUGCCCAACAUCAGCCUACCGGUGAGCCUGACGUGUGUGAGUGAGGUGUCCGGAGACUUGGUGACGGUAGGCAAUGAUGUGGACAGUGGCAGUUCCACCGUGCGACUCCACACAAUCAACAUGGCACUGGUGGGUAGUGUCACCACUCGGGAGCAGAUUACAGCUGUGUGCUUCUCCACUGCACCAGAGGGCGUAUCUAUCAACGUGAUUGCUACCGGCAUGUCCAACGGUGUCAUCAGAUUGUGGAGUACCUUGGACCUGUCAGCUGUGGGAGAGAUAGUUGCUAAUUCCAUGGACAAUCCUGUCAUCGGAUUGACAUACUCCCAAGAUUCACAACAUUUAUACGCAUCGACUGAUGACGGUAAUCUGAUGAUUUGGGAGGGCUCAGCGGCCAAAGGUGGCAGUAAGACUCCUAAGUUCAUGAACCUAACAACACUUAUUUGAUGGUUGGGUGAAGCCUUCAGGGUUGUCCUGACGAGUGCACCAGUUUCUCAUCUACUUAUCACGCUUGCUGUCAAUUUCGUCCAGACAUUAUUUUUGUAACUGUUUCUAUUUAUUUUGUAUAUUGAUAUUUUUAUAGAUAUGUUUUUAUGUCGUAGAACAUUUAUGUUUUUAUAUAUUACUGAUGAAACAGAUCUUGAUGUAAAUUAUAAAUG